ACGUGUCUUGUCCUCGCUCUUUCCACGUCAUCGUUACUGUGUCGCUUUGCUUUAUCUCCCCCUCUUUCACUUUCGCUCUCGUUUAUUUUUAGGGUUUCUCCCCUUCUUCUCUGUUCUUUUUCUUCUUUAGCAGCUCAGUUGUGCUAACCAAUUCUCGAACAAAAGAGAAAAAGUUUUUUAAAGGAAAAAUAAACAUGGGGUCGAUCCCCGAUCCUGGCGAGUUAACUGAGUUAACUCAGCCGAGUUUCGACGAGUUCCAACGUCAAACAUCACUGAUGACGAGCUGCACGCUUCUCUGGAAAGAGCUCUCCGAUCACUUCACAUCUCUGGAACAAAACCUCCAAAAGAAAUCAGAAGCUUUAAAACAGAAAAUCCAAACCUUAGAUACUCAAACAAAAUCCUCUCUGGCUAAUUUAAGAAAACGUGAAGUCACAAUCGAUGGCAGCGUAGAGAUCGCACUCGAACGCCUUGAUGAACAUAAAGAAGCAGCUUUAAAAUCACUUGAAAAUCCUGACAGUUGCGAUGAUCAUCCUGACGGAGAGGUAGAUAACGGUGAGGGACUUUUACAGAUAUUGAAGUCUUUGUGUUUGAAAAUGGAAUCAAUGGAGUUCUGGCAGUUGAUAACUAGAAAGAAGAAGGAAAUUGAAGUUUUAAGAAGCCAGAUUCCAUUAGCGUUGUCGGAAUGUGUGGAUCCUUGUAGAUUUGUACUAGAAGCGAUAUCAGAGGUAUUUCCGGUAGAUAAAAGAUGCGAAAAAAGCGGAAAUGAUUUAGGAUGGGCAUGUGUGUUGAGUUUGGAGAGUUUAAUACCGGUGGUGGUGGACCCUGUAAUAGGGAAGUGUAGAGUUCUAGUGACGCCUAGUGUGAAAGAGAGAGCUAAAGAGAUUGCAGAGACAUGGAAGAGAAGUUUGGAAGAGAGAGGAGGAAUUGAGAAUGUGAAAACACCAGAUGUGCACACUUUUUUGCAGCACUUGGUUACUUUUGGUAUUGUGAAGAAAGAGGAUGUUGAUUUGUAUAGGAAACUUGUUGUUGCUUCUGCUUGGCGUAAACAGAUGCCUAAACUUGCUCUUUCUCUUGGUUUAGGUGAUAAAAUGCCUGAUAUGAUUGAGGAACUAAUUAGUCGGGGGCAGCAGCUUGAUGCCGUGCAUUUUACUUAUGAAGUUGGUCUUGUGGACAAGUUCCCCCCAGUUCCAUUGCUUAAAGCAUUUUUGAAGGACGCAAAGAAGGCUGCAGCUUCUAUACUGGAGGAUCCUGAUAAUACUGGUCGAGCUGCGCACCUUGCUGCUCGAAAGGAGCAGUCAGCACUCCGGGCUGUCAUAAAGUGCAUUGAAGAAUACAAACUAGAGGCUGAGUUCCCACCAGAGAACCUUAAAAAACGCCUUGAACAACUAGAGAAAACCAAGACAGAGAAGAAAAGGCCAGCUGCAGUUCCUGCCAACAAAAGAACACGGGCCAGUAAUGGUGGCCCAAUGCCUCCAGCUAAGGCUGGUCGCUUGACGAAUGCUUAUGUAUCAUCUUUCCCUGCACCUCCGGCUUUUGUCAGGUCUCCCUCACACACGCAAUACCCUACUGCUCUACCAGCAUAUCCCUCUCCACCAGCUGUUUAUGGCACCAGGAGCCCACCAUCUCCAUAUGCUUACUCCCCAGAGGCUGCUCCUCCCAUUGCAGGAUCGUAUCCUGGAGCUCCUUUGAGUUAUCCUGCAUAUGGAGGAUAUGGCAAUGGUUUCGCACCAGCUUAUCAGCAGGCUUACUACCGAUAGACAUGACUACUUGAUGCAGAUGGUAACCACUGAUAUGAUGACACCAAUUUCAUUUGCUUUCUCAACUGGCUUGUUUGUAAUCACUAACCUUUUUAAUGGUAGCGAUGUGUGUGUGUUAAUUAUAACUGUUCUACUUCUUGCUUUGCCAUGGUAAGAAGUUGUAUUUCUAAUGUUGAUCAAACUGUAGCACUAGGUGAUUGUGAAAGUAAUCCUGAUGGAAACAUAACAAUGGUGAACUGGAAGUACUACCACUGUUUCUAGGACUAGUUGUAGAAAAGUUGUUCCUUGCUGUUUUAA